AUGAUCAUCAUCAUCAGCGUAUUUAAUAAGUGGUCACUGCUGAACCUCUUCACAAACGGAGAAGUGUGCCUCACCACAUGGGCCGAAGCUCAGAAUGGUAGAGGGCAGCACCAAGAUCACAACGGUCAUGGGUGGGACAUUCGGCUAGCGGUUCCGGGAGAACCGGGCAGUGAUUAUCCCACCCUCGGCGCUAUACCCAGGACCUCCUUCUCAUGCGCUGGAAGAGAACCAGGUUAUUAUGCUGACUUGGAAACGAACUGUCAAGUAUUUAGAGUAUGCACCGUUGGUUCAACAUACGGCUUCCAAUCGUUCCUUUGUCCAAACGGAACUCUGUUCAACCAAGCAGUCUUCGUGUGUGACUGGUGGAUGAACGUCGACUGCCAGAAUUCUCAACAGUUCUUCAACAACAACAACGAAAAAUUCGAAAAUCUGAGACUAGGACCACAACUCAUGAAAGAUAUAAAGAAGAUGCUCACACAUCCAAUGCUAAAUCCUUAUGACAAGAAUGCCAUGAAGAGCAAUCUCAUCGUGAUGCAAGACUACAAGCCACCAAUUGGCCAACUGUUCCCAAAUGGAGCACUACUAGCCGGUCCUGAGAGAGCUCCAAACAACGUUUAUGUUCCCGCAAAACAAAUUCAACAAAAUCUAAUUCAAGGAAACCAAAACGAUUACGCAUUUUCUGCAUCUACACCUGACCCGAGAUAUAUCCCUGCUCCUCUUAACUUUGCGCCACUACAAAGAGAUGCAGAGGUAUUCCAAAGGCAAAGACAAAAUGAGCCUUUUAACUCAGUAAAUAGUAUUCAAAACGCCAGGGUACAAACGACACAAAUAUCACAAACUGGAAAUUUAAUUUCUAAUGGUCAUGCUGGCAGAUUUACACAAAAUUCUAAUGCAAACUUUGUCAACAACAAUGGAUAUGGACAGGCGCCACGUCCAACACAAACCACUAACACUUUCUCACAGAGACAAACAUCACAAGUGAUAAAUAAUAACAAUGACAAGACACAAACGAAUCAAAGAGUACAAAACAACAGACCACGUGCACAAUAUUCUGAACCUAGAAGACUACCGCAAAUUAAUAAUGAAGUACCCUUUUCGAAAAUCCAAAAUAAUGGAAACAAUAACCAAAAUAAACAACCAUACACAUACAGCCCACCGACAACAAAUAUUCCAAAAUAUUCAAAUAACUUAGACAACCCAGCUGGUAGAGAGUUAAAAGAAAAUCUGGUAAGUACAGUCAAAGAUGUACCAUCAACUGUUAUAACUAAGACUUUAACAUAUAGUAGGCUUGUGCAAGAGCCAAAGCCAGGUAAACCAAAAUCCAGAAUAACCAUCAAAACUUGGAUUGUUAAACCGACUAAAGCAGCUAAACUUAUAGCAGACCCGACUCCUUAUACAUAUUCUAGGCCUUCAGCGCCAACUCCUUCUUCUCCAUCACCAACGGCUAGGCUCAUAGAAGAAAAUACUCCAUAUGUUUAUGAUAAGCCCACUGUUUCAUCUCAAACUGAGAGAGUUAUUUCACAAGAACUAGAUUCUGAAUUAGAAUCAGAAGAACCUUACGUAUAUUCUAGGCCGACGCCAGCCGCUAAACAGAUUGAAACUACAGAAAUACAAACUACACGUAUUUUCAUUGCUCCCUCAACAACUUUGCCGACUCGUCCCACGUUUUCAGGACGAUUGAACUUCCCGCAAACUUCUGCUCUUCCUACAAAAGCUUCGCGUUUGUAUCUCACUCCGUCACCAUUUACAUCAACAGCUCGGUUCUAUCUACCUCCACCGCGAAACCCUACCACACUUCCUCGACUAUAUUUACCCGCAAACAAUAUUCAGCAACCCUUUUACUAUCAAGGUUCUCAAUUACGAGCCUCCCCUACCAUACCCACAUCUACAAUCGUAUCUUUUACAGAAAAUGUAAACCAGCCUUCAUUUCCCGUAUCGAGACAAUCUCGGAUUAAUACGAACAACCAAAAUUUGACCUUCGCGGAUAUACUGACCAAAGAAAAACUUGACAUAACUGUCAAUGACAUUGUAAAAGAUACAGACGUAAUUUUAAAAACAGCGUCUCCUCCUCAAUACACGGAAUAUCGUAAAGAAUUCAAAUCCUUUGAAUACCCAGAAAAUUAUUCUUCAUCAAGAACCACUACUGAUAGCGGUGAAAAUUUGACGUCGCAAGUUCCGACACAAACUACAACAGUCACUUCAAAAAGUUCUAGAAUUAUUGCAACGCCUGCAACCAGCCUGCAACCUCCAAACGAAAACUUUAUAUUCCAAAAUAAUAAUCGGCUCUCAAACUUACCUUUCUUCAAAGAAAGUGGCAUACCAAACACAAUAGAACGCACAGUAUCAAUAAAAAUAACAAUUCCCGAGAGAAUCGCUGCAUUCCUUUUCAAAAACCGAAGUGAUUCCGAAUAUGAUAAGUUAGAAAUACUGAAUACUGGAAGCAGCAACUACUUAGUUAUGAGUAAUAACUUACUAACGAAAAAUAAUGCGUUCAAUUUCAUUCCAAUCGCUAAAUUAAUAGGAAACCAAAACUCAAACAACUUUUCUGAUUCACAGGCGCUCGUGUAUUCAUUCUUGACUGACUCUAUCAACGUAGCGAGAGAAUACAAUAACAGAGCACAACAAGAGAUAUUAUCAUCUACAUCGACACCCGCACCACCACAAUUCCCGAAUAUCAACAGUGAGAAACUAUCACAAAUUACUAAUCAAAUAUCACAGCUUACCUCAUCACAAUUCUCUAGUAACAACCUAAACAGCUUCGAAACUAAUGCAAACAUAAUUCAAACACCUAAAACGAAUACUAACCAACUUUCUAAUCAGUUCACAAACAAUGCAAAAUACACUAAUGAAGGAAAUCAGGCACAACAAAUACGCACUAAUCAAUUCAUAUCUUCACAACAAACUCCAGCUGAAUUUUACUCAUCACGUUUACAAGUUCCUAAUACUCAGUCAAAUAUUCUUAACACUCAAAACUUAUACAGUGGUCAAUUAUAUCAAUGGUCUGUUCCAGAUGUUACACAAAUCUACAACAACCCAAGCGCUGCAAACAUCGUUAUUCCCAGCAAUAUACAACAACAGACAACACAAAUGAUCAGUUCACAAAGAAACGCAAAUCAAAACAGUCCGGUAGAUAACUUUAAGCAAUCAACCCCUCAAUUCGAAGUUGUAAAAGCGGAAACUGUUGCUUUAAAUCCAGCCAAACUGCAACUCGAGCCGCCUAAUGAAGCAGAACAAUUAAGCAGUCAAGAAACACUUAGUAGUCUACUAAACAGUGGAAAUGGUAUUUCAGCACAGUUACAAGAUAAAAUUGUAGGCACAAUCCCACACCCAUUAGAAGAGAAUAAAUUACUUACAUACAAAAAAGAUCAAUCAUACUACCUCUACACUAAGUUAGAAGACAACACUAUUGAACAAAAUUCUCAAACAAACCAGCAGAGUAAUUCACAAAUCAAUACUUCACAGAAUGCUAAAUUGACUCAAGGCACAAACAAUAACAUGGCUGACUUAGUUUCGUUCCAACUUAUACCAUCAGUUAGUUAUGAAUUAGAGGAUGAGAAAGAGCAGCAGAAGUUCCUUAAUGCUUUCCAAAUAGAUGAGUUUGGUGCACCAAGAGACAUUGUUAAGAGUGAUCAAAAGAUAAAUCGAGGACAAAUCAUGACUUCAAACAUUGAUUACUCCGUGGAACACCCGACAACAGUUAAGCAAAAUGAGCAAUACGUAGUAAACCCUCUUUAUUCUGGUCCUUCUUCAUACACUGCUCCUCAAUCUUCAGUUGGUAGUUUAGAAUCUAGACAGAUACAAAAUAAUUAUAAUUCCAGAUUAGAAGAUUUUGACAGCAGUAAUCAUAAUGGCUAUCCUAAAGAACGACCGGCACGCCAAUUUUUCAAAUAG